AGAGGGGAUAACAUUACAGCAAUGCCAGAAUGCCCUUCCUCAGACCCCGCUCCCCGAGCCAUCAGCAGGCACGCAUAAUAUAUCUGUCUGAGAGUAAUUCCGCGCACACGUGUGCUUACUAUUUAUGCCGGCUUGCCCUUGCCAGCGGACAUCCCGGCAGCACAGGGGACCAGCCCGGCGCUGGGAGCCGCUCCCCGUGCAGCAGUACCCCGCCCUCAGCCCGCCCGUGCCCUCAGCGAGGCGCUCCCGCCCAAGCACCGCCUCCGGCAGCGCGCGGCCCCAGCCGUCCGUCUCCACCCGCACGUCACUCACCGCUCGCCUCGCAGCGCGAUUGGUCGGUGGGCGCUGAGAGGCGGGGACAGCAGGCGCCCCCCUCUGCCCUCUGCACCUGCGCAGUGCGCGACCGGUGGCGGCCGUUUGUCGCAUCCGGGUCAGCGCCGCGGCCGUUGGGCGAUGGCGACGAUAGCGGAGCUGAAAUUUUAAAGGACACACUAGAAAAAAGAGGAGCCCUGGGGCAAAUAAAAGCAAGGAUCAGAGCUGAGGUGUUCAACGCGUUGGAUGACCAAAGUGAACCGCGGCCGCCGCUGUCUCAUGAGAACCUCCUGAUCAACGAGCUGAUUCGUGAAUACUUGGAAUUCAACAAGUAUAAAUACGCAGCGUCCGUGCUCACUGCAGAAGCUGGCCAGCCUGAAGUGCCCUUGGAUAGAGAGUUUCUUGUCAAGGAGCUGAACAUCAUUGAAGAUGCAAAUGCCAAAUCAGUACCUCUCUUGUAUGGAAUUAUAUCACAUUUCUUACAUCGUGGUAAAGAAGAAGGUACCCAGAGUACUCUUCCAAAGGUGUCUUUGCUGAAUUAUCCAAGGCAGAACCUUGUCAAACUAUCUACUGAGAGGAAUCAAAAAGAUAGAAUUCCGGAACCAGGAAGGAUGGCUGGCACGAGCAUUGAAGAGCCUCUUGUUCUACAAAGUAUAAAGAGAUGAUGCGAUGAUGUCUUUUAUACAUUCAUUUAUCCUGUAAAGCUCUUGGAGAGUUAAUUUAUAAAAUUCUUCAUUACGUAAAUUUCUCCAUCGUGUCCAGUGGGACCAUUUCCAUUUGUUAGAGCUACCCAUGAGACAGGAAGAGUGGGUGAUUCCUACUGCCAGUGAAAAAAUGUUAGCCAAAAGGCAUGCUUCCUCCAGUGCUGACAGAAGGAAAACUGUAUAUAAAUCAGAUUAGUCAAGCCCGUGUCUAGAAUAAGGCCUAAAAAUAUUUUUAUUUUUUAAAAUAAAAAUUUACUAGAUAUUUAUAA